GCGUAUUUUUACUUCCGUGGAUGUCAUGCAUCAUGCAUUCAUGGUUCAGCGAAUGUUCUCAUGAACACAACAGCGCUUUAAUUCAUCACCAUACUUUGGGGCCUUCAACACCACUUAAGAGCGACUCGUCUACCACAUAAAUUCCGCCUAUUCAGGGCAAUAGGAGGCCAGUUCCGUUUUGCAUUCACCCUCGAGAAACUCAUCAUGGCCGUCUAUGAUACUUUGUCGAAUGCAUCCCUUAGGGACUUUGUCCCAUCGCGUGAUGGGCCGUCGCGUCAAAGAGCUCUGUCCACCGCAUCCGACAUCUCUACCUCAUCCUAUCAGUCCCUCAUUAUCUCAUCCUGGAUACUGAAAAGCUCCCAGGCCCCACAAAGUGCAGCUGAGCCCGGCUACGACACGGCGCAAGGCUCCUUCACCGUCACUCCGCCAGCGAGCGAGCUUCUAUACUCUUACCUCCACAUUGUUGGCGGCCCUAGCCAUCGCCAAUCUACCAAGGCCAAAGACAAGAGAACAGCUGACGCCAGUCCCCAUGAGCCGACAGAUAGUGGGUCUGCCUCGCCGUUACCAUCACCCACUUCCCUCCAUGGGCCUUCUAUCAGCCGCACAUCCUCCCCCGACACUUGUUCGGAGCGCACACCGGCCCCUUCUUCCGUACCUCGCCUCGAUGAUUCGUUCGCAAAGCUGCACCCAAUAUUGGAAGCGGUCGAGGGUGCGUCUCAGUUCUCCUCUCAAACUGUUUGCGUUGCCUGCGGCAAACACGGCCGAGAUUUCCCGCGUUGCCCUCGCUGUGGUGACCUGUGGUGUUCGCGCCAGUGUAGGAUGCAAGGAGGUAAACGCCAUGUUUGUCGGGCCGCUACAAAUUAGUGUCUCCCGGCACGAGGAGAGAGCAAUCAGACUGAUACCCUGCAUAAGUGCUAUUAGCCGCUCAGUAAUCAUGGUGCGAUACGGUUCCGGAUGUUGUUCCAGUAUAGAGAUCUCCUUACCUGGAUGUGUAGCCUCAUUUUUUCUGCCUUCUUGACCACUUACCUUCAUGCGCUUGGAUAUCCCUCACAUCAAUUGUCUACUAUGCAUCAGCCCCUGUAUUCCAC